GCAACCACCCGCGUUAUAGAAGGAUAUGAAACUGAUUGACUAAGAAAGCAAAUAAAUCAGACAUUCAAAAUGAAGAUCUUUGUCGUUGGGUUUCUUGCGGGUUUAGCCAGGUAAGAGAUCAUAUGAUUCCCUAUCGGACUGGUGAGCCGCACAAGGCUAAUGGUAAUGUAGCAUCGUUAGUGCCAGUCCUAUGGCCGAUGUAGAACCAACAGGACCAGAACCUUUUUGGCCGCACCCAACAAAGACGUCGAUUCCUAGCUCAUUGAGCUCGUUGAGCUCUUCAACUAGUACAUCAUUCAUCAUCAGCAUUACUACAUUGCCGGGCAACAACCCCACCACUACUGCUAUCGCUGCUUGUCCAACAGUGACGCACACAACUCGGCCAAGCGACUGUUCUCCUUUCCUUUGCCCGGUACCUGGCUGCACGGAGGAAAAGGAGUUGAUUGUACCAUGCGGCUGUGCGGGAGUCAAAACGGCUCUUUUCGUUGACGGUUGCCAAACAGCUUGCCCUGGGGGAUGUGUAACCAGGCUUAUGACUCUCACCGCAGUUUGCGGUUCUCAGACUCAGGCUCCGGUGCCGAUUCCGACAGCGGUCUGAGGAGAGAAAUCGGCGAAUUAGGCAUAGCGCUUAUUGUGGUUGUAGGGGAAUGGGGAAUGGUCUUGUGAUCCAUUUACCAAAAGUUGUAUACGUUCAUGCUUUUAGUUAACAGUUAUCAAUAAGCGGAUUCAAUUGCUUUUAAGUGAGUCAAAUAUAAGUUGAGAGGUUGAAAGUGAG